CACCGCGCCGCCCGUGCGAAGAUGGCGGCUGAGCUGCAUUCGCGCAGCGGAAAACUGAUCGGUUUGUCGAACUCCAACCGAACCGCUCAACGGAAUCAGCCGGUACAGGAAUUCAACCACGGCUUGGUCCUGAGUCGGGAGCCGCUGCGGGACCGAGAUGUCUUCACUGUCCGCAUCGACAAGAAGGUGAAUUCGUGGAGCGGUUCUAUAGAGAUCGGAGUGACUGCGCUGGACCCAGCCGGUCUAGAAUUUCCCAGCAGUGCCACAGGCCUGAAGGGGGGCUCGUGGAUCGUGUCCGGCUGCUCUGUGCUAAAGGACGGCCGCUCAGUCCUGGAGGAGUACGGUCGUGACCUGGACCAGCUGGGGGAAGGGGACCAUGUGGGGAUCCAGCGGAAUGGGAAAGGAGAGCUGCAUCUGUGGGUGAACGGGCAGGACUGUGGCACGGCGGCAAGUGGACUUCCUUCCCGUUUAUGGGCCGUGGUGGACCUCUAUGGGAAGUGUACCCAAGUGACUGUGGUAAGCUGUGAACCCCCACCUGAAAUGGAUGGUGAAGAGGAUGAAGAGGUGGAGGAUGAGAUUGUGUCGACGCAAGCGGUGUCCAUAAUGGCAGAUGCUUGCCGUAGCCACGAUGAUAGGGCUGGAGCUAUCAUGCUGUCUGCAGCUGGUGCUACAACAGCCAUGAUGAAUGGAUCAGCAGAGGAAGUGCCUGAGGUGUCAAGGGCGCACAGUCGGCCCGACAAAUUUCCAAACAACUUUGAGCCUGAUAGUGUUUUGACUGAGCAUCAGUUAUUUGAUGUGUUCAACAAUGCCAUUGUCUCUCUGUAUCGUUCUGAGGAUGAGGGUGGAGAGGACUUGGGGGUGGGAGGGGGAGGCUCUGACUCCUCGAGGGGCGGCACAGGAAGUAGCGGUGGAGGCCGAGGAACAGGAAGUGACAGUGGCAUUGGUGGCGGAGGGACAGGUGGAGGCAGUAGCAGCAAUAGCAGCCCAGCGGGGAGCUCUGGUGGGGUGGCGGGACUGGGGGUGGCCGGUGGCGGCAUGACAACCAAUGACGCGCUGCUGUUCCAUGAGAAGUGUGGCACGCUGAUCAAACUAAGCAACAACAAUAAGACAGCAGAAAGGAGGAGACCGCUGGAUGAGUUCAAUAACGGAGUCGUCAUGACCAAUCGACCACUCAGAAACAACGAAAUGUUUGAGAUUCACAUUGACAAACUCGUGGAUAAAUGGUCUGGUUCCAUUGAGAUUGGAGUGACAACCCACAACCCAAAUAAUCUUGACUACCCUGCAACAAUGACCAAUUUACGUUCAGGCACAAUCAUGAUGAGUGGCUGUGGGAUUUUAACCAAUGGGAAGGGGACUCGUCGGGAAUACUGUGAAUUCAGCCUGGAUGAACUCCAGGAGGGAGAUCACAUAGGGCUGAUGAGGAAAGUCAGUGGAGCUCUGCACUUCUACAUUAAUGGCAUUGACCAGGGGGUUGCAGCCAAUCAGACCCCUGGUGUAGUGUAUGGAGUGGUGGAUCUCUAUGGCAUGGCAGUAAAGGUCACCAUCAUCCACAACCAUAACCACAGUGACCGUUUACGCCGCAACAAUGCAAUCAUGAGGGCGCUGUCACCUGACGUGGGCCGUCCUCGACCUGCUCUCUCAUUGACCCCUGAGCCUGAUGUCCCAGAGCGCUUGCUAUUCCAUCUAAACUGUGGGCAGAAGGCUGCAAUCAUCAGCGAUGGCCGCACUGCUUUACGGCCUCAUGCGACGGAUGACUUCAACCAUGGCGUUGUGCUUAGCAAUCGUCCGCUGCACUCCAAUGAGGUUUUCCAGGUGCGCAUCGACAAAAUGGUGGACAAAUGGGCGGGCUCUAUAGAGAUUGGCGUGACGACUCAUAACCCCGCCUACCUUCAGCUGCCGUCAACCAUGACCAACCUGCGCUCAGGAACCUGGAUGAUGACAGGAAAUGGUGUCAUGCACAACGGAACUACAAUUCUUGAUGAAUACGGGCACAAUUUGGACCGUCUAAAAGCUGGAGAUACAGUGGGAGUUGUCCGAAAGGAGGAUGGAAGUUUGCAUUUCUUUGUGAACGGAGUGCCUCAAGGCCCUGCGGCCUGGAAUGUUCCGCCCAGUGUGUAUGCAGUGGUAGACCUGUAUGGACAGGCUGCCCAGGCCACCAUCAUGGAUGAUAUGGCUGACCUCCCUCCCUUGCCUGAUGACAGCUCUGAGGGCCCUACUGCCAUGUCUCCUGGUAGCCCAUGUUCAGUUUCAGGAGCUACAGCUGCUAAUGACUUGCGCUUUCAUCAGCUGCACGGCACAAACGCAGUCAUCACCAACGGUGGCCGAACGGCACUCAGGCAGAACUGCCGCAGCGAGUUUAAUGAUGCCAUUGUUAUUUCAAACAGGUGCCUUCGGGAUGGAGAGCUCUUUGAAAUUGUAAUUCAGAAAAUGGUGGAUCGCUGGUCAGGCUCAAUAGAAGCAGGAGUAACCGCAAUCAGACCAGAAGAACUGGAGUUCCCUAAUACAAUGACUGACAUUGACUAUGACACCUGGAUGUUGAGUGGCACAGCGAUCAUGCAGGAUGGGAAUACCAUGAGGAAUAACUACGGCUGUGACUUGGACUCUCUGACCACAGGCUCCAGGAUUGGGAUGAUGCGUAAAGCUACUGGAGACCUGCAUUACUUCAUCAACGGCCUUGACCAGGGUGUAGCUUGUACCGGGCUGCCACCAGAAGUAUAUGCUGUGAUCGAUCUUUAUGGUCAGUGUGUGCAAGUGUCCAUUACAAGUUCAUCGGGGCCACUGGAUAACAGUCUGUGUACCAGUAACAUCACAGAGAAGAGCUUCCCUAUACACUCUCCUGUGGCAGGGGUUGCCCAUCACCUGCACAGCAAACAUGGUAAGAAUGUGGUGUUAUUAGGAGACGGUUGUCAAGCACUGAGGGUCGAUGGAUAUGCCCAUGGAAUUGUGUUUAGCGCAAAGGAGCUCAAGACAAAUGAGGUGUUUGAGGUUAAAAUUAACAAGGUAGAUGACAGAUGGUCCGGUUCCCUUCAUGUGGGUUUGACCACCCUGCAGCCCCCUGACCUACCAUCCUGCCCGCUCAGUGGCCUCUCUCCUUCGCUUACCCAGCUCAGGUCAAAGGUCACCUGGGUCCUCGCCGGCUCUGAGGUCAGGCGGAACGGAGUGCUACAGAGACAGAACUAUGGAUGCUCUCUGGAUCGACUCACGGUGGGAAAUCGCGUUGGGGUGAAGAGAUGCAGUGAUGACACCAUGCACAUCCUAAUUGAUGGAGAAGACAUGGGACCAGCAGCCACUGCAGUGGCGAAGAACGUGUAUGCUGUUUUGGACCUGUAUGGAAAGGUGACAGCCGUGUCCAUCGUCAGCUCCACGCUAGUUGAGGAUUCAGAAAGUGUGAAAGCUCCCUCGCUCUCGCCCGACAGCUGCAGAGAGGGAGAGGAGGACAGCACUCCUGUCAGAGAGUGUGAGAAUGAGCCUGCCCUGGUGCCCACGGUCAUGACUUUUUUGGAGAAUCAUGGAAAAAAUAUCCAGCUGUCCAAUCAGAACCUGACUGCCGCCCGGGUGUCCAGCUACAACCAGGGUCUUUUGGUCACAGCUCAAGCUUUGCCGCGCCAGCAGCUAUUCCAGUUUCAGAUAGACCGUCUGAAUUCAUCAUGGACGUCCUCCCUAUCGCUGGGUGUGAUUGGUCAUUCGCCAGACCGCCUCAACUUCCCUUCCACAGCUUGCUGCCUUAAGCGCUCAGUCUGGCUACUGCAACGAGACUCUGUUUUUCACAACUCGUUGAAGAUUUGUGAGAACUAUGGUCCUAACCUGGACACCUGUCCUGAAGGGACCAUUUUGGGGCUGUUGGUGGACAGCAGUGGUUGCCUCCAUCUGUUUGUUAACGGCAUGGAUCAGGGCAUAGCAGCCCAGGACAUCCCAAGCCCCUGUUACCCCCUUAUUGACCUUUAUGGCCAGUGUGAACAGGUCACUAUAGUGACAAAUCAUGUGUCUGUGGUUGGCGGGGAGAGAGGAGACAUGCGUUGUCAAGGGGACAUGGAGAAGGCUGAUAUGGUGGAUGGUAUAAAGGAGAGUGUCUGCUGGACACCUCCACCAGAGGUCAACCCCAAUAAGACGUGCGAGUACCAGGCGCUAUGUUCCAGAUUCAAAGAACUGCUCGCACUGCCAGAUGGUUAUUUUAAUGAGGAUGCUAAGUACAACCUGUGUUACUGUGAGUCCUGUCACAAACUAAGGGGUGAUGAGGCCUAUUACAAGCGAGGGGAGCCUCCCAGAGACUACGCUCUGCCAUUUGGCUGGUGCCGCUUUGCACUCCGAAUCAAGACCCACUGUGAAGUCUCCAAUGCCUUCAAGAAGUGGCAUAUUGCGUACCAUGGCACUAGUGUCGGCUCACUUAGAUGCAUACUGGACCACAACCAACUCUUGUCAGAAUCGUCCUCCAUUUUCUCCUUGUCCCCGGUGAAGACAGAGGAUCACGGCAGCUAUGGGGAGCCCGAGGAGAACAGUGCCCCAGAGCGAGAGAUUCCCCGUGUGCAGCUUUCUCCAACCAUGCGCUACUCUGGCCUGGAGGUCUUUGCCCCCAAAGUGCAAUUCCGAGACCCACGUUCCCUCCGCUGUCACCAGGCCCAGGUGGGCUUCCAGGUGUGUGUGCGGCCAGGCUCCUACAAAGUGGGCCCGACUUCACUGGGAAUCAGCGAGCCUCUUGAUCCUCGAUUCAGCAAUGCAGAAAUCGAAUGGAUCACCAAGGAAAAGGGAGGCACGCUUCUGUACGGCCUGCUCAUAAGGGUGGAGUAAAAACAGACUCGAGUGAGGAUAUUGGCAUCAUCUUCCUCGCUAUAAACCCCCCUCAGGCGUUGAGGAUUAAGCAUUGUUUCGCUGCCCAAACUCAUUCAUCUCUGCAUGUUUCAGACAUACUUUUGUGUUUAUUCUGUUUUGAAGGAGGGUGAUGAUAAUCCCCAGAGACAAAGACACUGCCUGCACUUUAUGUUUCGGACACUGGUGGGUGAUUUUUAGUCUUUCUCAUUAAAUUCACUAACUCGGCAAGCUCUCCAUUAUUUUUUCGGUCUCUUCAUACAUCUAAAGCUAUGUCUCACCCUGUCAGUUUUUGCUUUGAGAGCCUGUUGUUCUCACAGAAAUAAAACUGGACUGAAGCAACACAGAGGCACCAAUUCAUAGCACAACCCUGGAUUUAUACUCAUGUUUUUCUUAAGACUUGCAACGGACAAAUCAGCCUGGAAAUAACCAAGACCUGUUUCAACGACAAUGUCAACAAGAUCAAGGAUGCAGCAAAAUCACCUAAUCAGGAAGAAACUGUUAUUUCAUCGCUUUCCUUGUUUACUUAUUUUCCAGAUUCUGCUCUAUAUUUGGUUCUUAUAGCUGUGUAUUUAUUCACAAAUGACAACAAACAGUGUUUAGUUGAAUGCAAAGUGGAUAAAAUGGCUACAUAAAGACAGGAAGGCAAGAAAUUUAUGUUUUUUUUCUUCUUCUUGUGAAUACACGUAUAACUGUAACAAUCUAUGGAGUGAAACUCGCAUCUCUUCAUACCACUAAAAUCACUUCAUGUGACCCAAAUUGUGACAAACAUGCAUAGUUUAACUGGAUGGAUACAUACAAACAGAAGCACUCUAAAAUAUCUGAAGAAGAGAGUUUAAGAAGCUAUAUGUGUAUUUGUGUGUCUGUUUUGGCCAAAUGUGUGUCUCAAAUUGCCCAUUAUUUAAGGUCAGUCACCUGUCUUAUGUUUAAAAUGCUUCACUGCUUUAGAUGUUGUUUACACAUGGGUUAACUUCUGUUCUGAAGUAACGUGUGCUGUUGGGCCCAUUUGUUUACUCACAAACUUUAGUGUAAGAACCAGGAUGCAAGUGUUUCUGAAAUUAAUGGUGGCAGGUACAAAAACUGAAUGGAAAGGUCUGUUUAUGUUCUGCGUUCAAUAUCAAACAAGAAGGACUGUUUAUUCAGCUAUCAGGUAGAUGUGCCUAGACUCAUGGGGAAUUGUGGGAAUUAAAGUCGUCUACUGGUAUACCUGACCCCAGAAUUGGUGUUUACACUGGGAAUGUGAUUUGUUUUUAAUAGAUUGUUUACUUCAUGCUAGGUAUAUUGCCAUUUUUUGUAUUCUCUUAUGACUAAGAUUGCACAAAUGUAAGCCCUUGCUGGAAAAACGAUGACAAAAAAAUCAACUCUUUUGAUUGUAUCUAGACUUACAGUACCCUCUGUGAAGGCAUAUCUCUAUCCAUUUUUUUUUUAUUUUUUUUUAUUUUGUUGCCAAUAUGACAUACUUGAGUGUACAUUUUGCAUUAGCAAUCCCGCUUUAUUGCCAAGGGCGAUGUCUGAAUGAAUGCUUGCUAUGUAGAUCGGAAAAUGUGAAAAUACAGGGUUUGUGUCGGCCCAUUGCUGCUUUUCAGUUGUUUGUAUUAUUUGUUUAUGUUUGUGUUCUUUUUAUGUCUUUACGUUGUGUUGUACAGCCUGUUACAUAACACUAACAUUACCUUCCUGGUUUGUAAGAAAAUAAAAAUCCAAAAAAGAGACAAUUAUGCACAUGGAAA